AUGGGUGAUCAUGUCCUCUUCUUCUACGGAACCCUCAUGGCCCCUCAAGUCUUACACAAUGUCAUCCACGGCAGUUCUACGCCAGAGCCCUGGCAAAAAGCCAUGGUGAGCUUCCAGCCCGCUAUUCUACAUGGGUAUCGGCGCCACCGCGUACAAGGCGCCGAUUAUCCAGGCAUUGUGGCUGUAACAGAAACAGAUGAGAAGAUUUCAGCGUCAAAUGCCAGCUCCAGUGCUAGAAUGUCAGUUCUUGGGAUUCUCGUCUCGGGACUAACGGAUGGUGAUGUCCAUCGGCUUGAUUUGUUUGAGGGUGGGGAGUAUGCGCGGGAGAAUGUGACUGUGCGGAAGUUGCGAGAUUCGCACGGAGGUUCUGGCGAAUCUGGUAUGGAGAGUCAAUGGAGCAAUGUGCUUGGUGCGGCUUGUCAGGCUGAUGGAGGGGAGGAGGUAUCGGCUGUGACUUAUGUGUGGAUUUCUGGGGUGGAUAGGCUUGAAGAGGCGGAGUGGGACUUUGAGUCUUUUAAAAAAGAUAAGUUGCAAUGGUGGGCAGGGGCGAAAGAGAGUGAGUGGUGA